AUGCAAGAAGAACAAAGUUCGAAAAAAAUUGGUCGUAUUCUUCUUGGUCUUACUGUGUUAUCUGUACCUUUUUUAACACCAGCAUUACGACGUCAUGCACUUCCUUAUGUACCGGCAACACGAGAACAAUUAGAUAAUAUAUUCAAUUUAUUAAAACAAUAUUCAACAAAACAACGUCAACAUCUUAUUGAUCUCGGAAGUGGUGAUGGACGAAUUGUAUUUGAAGCAAUUCAACAAGGUUUUCCACGUGCUACUGGUAUUGAAAUAAAUCGUGUACUUGUUUAUUAUGCUCGUUUAAAAGCAUAUUUAUCUAAUCAAGGAAAAAUUUGUCAAUUUAAACGAGCAAAUCUUUGGAAACAUGAUUUAUCAAAAUAUGAUACAAUUGUUUUAUUUGGUGUUGAUACAAUGAUGGAACCAUUAUUAAAAAAAUUAUCAAAAGAAAUAACUAAUGAAAGUAUUGUUAUAACAUGUCGUUAUCAAUUUCCAAUAAAAUUUGAUCGUACACUUGGUGAAGGUAUUGAUGCUGUUUGGUUAUAUAAUUCUCAAACAAUUCGUAGUCAAAUGUUAAAAAAUUAA